UUCAAUCGCAGGAAGGCCCUGUGGCCUAACAGGAUAUCUGAGGGGCGAGGCACCUUCCUGCCGCCAGACGGACAUGUUAGGAGGUAGGUGAGGGUGGCAGGGAACUUGUUCGUCCCCUCCUAGAGAGCACCAUGGCGGCAGCGGAGCCUUUACAGACCAUUAAAGAAGAAGUCACCUGUCCCAUCUGUCUGGAGUUAUUUCGGGACCCUGUGACGAGUGAGUGUGGACACAGCUUCUGCCAGGAAUGUAUCGCCCGGCUCUGCCAGGGAGACAGAGAUGUUGCCUGUCCUCUCUGCAACGAGAAACUUCGAAAGGGAACCUUACGGCCCAACCAGGAGCUGAAGAACAUUGUGGAGUCCUUAAAGUUGCAAACAGCGGAAGAUCUAAGAGGAGGGAACGUGUGUGAGACUCACCGAGAGCCUUUGAGAUUCUACUGCAAGGAGCAUGAGACCCCCGUGUGCCUGGCGUGCGAGAGAUCCCAGGCUCACCGUGGUCACACGAUGGUUCCCAUGGGGGAGGCUGUCCAGGAGCACAGGGAAUCAAUACGACAGCACCUGCAGGGAAUUGAGUCCGGCUACAAGAAACUGAACCAGCUCCUGACCACGGGCUGCACGUACCUUCCCCAGAGUGAGCGAGAAGAGGAGCAUCAGCGGCUGAAGAGACUCAUUGAUAACGUA